ACACACAGAGAGAUAGGGUCCGUGUGACGGUGAGCCGAGGGUGAGACACGAAGCUCCGAGGUCACAAGAACUGAUCCGAACUGAAGCUGUGAAGUUGGCCUAAGACCUUCUCUCGGUUCAUAUAGAUCUCUCGACAGUGCGCGUUUGCAGUACAAAAGAGACGUGAUAUUUUAUAGUUUUUUAGAUUCCGCGACGGAGCGGUUCCAUCUUUUCGCGUCGGCAAGUGUACAAUAUAAGUGAAGAUUUGGAAGACAUGGAGAUACUGCCGGUCACGAGCCAGUUUAGAGUCGGAUUCAAUAAUGAGAAAGCUUGGAGCGGGCCGACAUGGCGGGAGGCGGCGGCGCCCGUCCCAACGGAAGCGGCGCUGGCCCAGCGGCUCGAAAGAGAGCUGCGGGCGGCCAAAGGAGCCAGCGACCUGGCCACGGCUGAGGUGCUGGUGCCCGCGGAGCUGUUGGCGAGGGCGGCGCGCCAGGCGCUGGUGUUGGCCGAGGGCGAGCCGUGCGGAGCCCGGGGCGCCGCAGUACUCGUGGACGUGGCCGGUCGCCGCCUAGCGGCCUUCAAGAUAGACCCGAACACCGUCACCACCCACGAGAUACACCUUCACCUCGAACACGACGCCACCAACUGGACCAGCCUGCUGCCGCAAUUCUUAAAGAACCUCACGAGAGGCGGCACCAUCAUCAUCAGCCCCCAGUUCACGAUAGAGAAGAAGAAGCUAUUCCGGAGUCAGGCGGAGUAAGGGCGAGGUGGAGUUUUAAUCGGAUAUCAAUGUUCUAUGUAUAUUAUAUUUUUGUUAACGAAAAAAAAGCACAGCGUGAUAUGUAAUGUUAAGUCGCGACGGAGUGCUGGUGGUGUGGUGGUGGGCGCCUCAUGAUCUCAGUGUACCGCGGACGUGGUCGGCAACUCGUAAUAGUAUUUAUUAGCGCCGCCCGGGUGUGUGUGUCCGUACGUCCGUACGUCCGUACGUCUCCCGGGACCGUACUGGUUGGUACAUUUAUUUGUGAUACUACUAUUGUAAUGUAUUAUAAUAUAAAGAAAAUUAAUGAGAAAAGAGAAUAUACUUUAACGGAGCCGGUCCCCGGCCGCAGCGGCCGCGGGCCGGGUAAAUAUACUGCAAAGAUCUCAGGUUUAUAUUAUAUAGCGUAGCAUAGCAUAGCAUAGAAUAGUAUAGCAUAGCAUAGUCGUAACGAGUAUUAAGUUAUUUAAGUUAAUAUAAAUAUUGUACUUUUUAAGAUUGUUUUGUAUCGCAUGGAUGCGUUCUCCGACCCAGUGUGUUGAUACUUACCACUGUAACAUUAAUACCGUAGUCCGUCUCUGUCUGUCUGUCUGUGUGUCUGUCUGUCUGUCUCUGUCUGUCUGUGUGUGUGUCUUCAGACAAGUUUUUUAUGAAUCUAAAUGUUCGUAGGGUCCAGUGUUUUGAAAUUUGAACGCACAAUAUAAUACAACUAGACUUCACUCCAGUAAAAUAUAUAUUAUGUAAAGUUACUCGUAAACGUGUGAGGUGGAACAACGAGACUAACGAUGUGUUAUGAUGCGUCCGUCGCUUGUGAUCGAAAACAAAGUUAAGUAGACGAUGAGAAGUAACAGAAUGAGGAAUGUAGAAGAUAUAAAGAAAUACAUAGUUUCAAAAAACUCUAAA